AUGUUUGAUCAAAUUGAAAUCGAUAGCGACAAUGAAUCAGUAACUGAUUUUUUAAGUGAAGAUAAAUUUGUAGAAAAAUUAGAUAAGGAUAACUUUAACAGAAGUGAAUUUACAGAAAGUUAUUUAGGUAGGAAUAACUUCAUAAAGGAUAAUUAUCUAAACGAACUAGCAGAAAACUAUUUUAAUAAGGAUGAAUUAGUUGAGAAUUAUUAUGAGAAUGAAUCAGUUAAAGAUUAUUCUAAUACAAAUGAAUUGACUAGUAAUGAUAAUUGGCUAGAGAAUGAUAAAGAUAAGACGGAUAACCUUUAUGUUGGUAAACGAUUUGUAUUAUGGCAAGAAGUUAUAAUAUUCCUUAAUUAUUAUUGCAAGCAAAAAAGGUUUGGAUAUAGAAAGAGAUGCUCAAAAAAAAGUGAAGAAUUAGAGGAUGCUAAAAAAAGAACUUUUUUAUGCAAACAUGCAGAGACAUAUAAACCAAAUAAAUUUGCAGGGCUUGAUCAACAGCGAAAUAAACCUUCAUGCAAAGUUGGUUGUAUGUGGUAUAUUAAUAUUGCCAAAAAAGAAAAGAAGGCUGAUAACCCAGAAUGGGUUGUGGAGUAUCAACUAGAUCCAGUCUCAGUUGUUGCACAUGAUAAUACUGCCAAGACCAAUAUAUAUGGUCUUCCACUUUUAAUUUUUAUAGUGGUUGACAAUAACUUUAAUACACAGCCUAUUGCACAAGCAUUCCUUGAGGAUGAAUCUCUUGAAUCAUAUACGUGGAGUUUAAGGGUUAUACAACAAACACUUGGGCUUUGUUCACCAGUAAUUAUUACUGAUGCCGAUCCUGCAAUGGAUGUGGCUAUUGUUCAAACCUAUGCUAAAAUGAGAUAUUUGCACUGCAUCUGCUUCUGA